GGUACGACAAUAUUUGGUUAGUUAGCUGAUCGUGCAGACUCGAACGACUUUUUGUAGAUUAAGCUAGGAUCAGAAUUUAAUAUGAAAUCUUUAGGAAAUGGGCAAUUUUCCUCUCGUGCGGCUCCUUAAUACGCUUUUUUUGGCCAUUUUGGCCGGGAUUUUCGUGCUGCUGAGUCCGCUGCAAAGGUUUUCCCUACCGAAACUUCCCACAGAAAUUUCCGUAUCUCUUUCGUCCACUCAUGGUCAGUUAACCUCAGCAUUUCCUCCAGUAUUCGAUGCGUUUUGCUCACAGUUCAACCGGUCUGUCGUGUCAGAACUGUAUCUGAACUACACCGCAACGCAUUUACUAUUGGACACUUAUUAUUCUGCAACGCACAUGCGCUUUCCACCAGUUAAAUAUCAUUUCGCCAUCGUGACGGCACCAGGUAGUUUUAAAGCGCGCCGUUCUAUCCGCGCGACAUGGAAGCGCAUGAUCAACAGCCAGCCGAGUUGUUCCAGCACCCUGGCAUUUUAUGUCGGUCGCACCAGCAACCAGAGAACAGCCGAUUGGCUGCAGCGAGAACUGCAGCAAAAUCCCGACGACAUGGUGCUCAUUGACUUCUGUGAUGCGUACGAGAAUCUGCCGCUGAAAACUUACAAUAUUAUGAAUUUCGUUCACAGAAAUUAUCGAGAUGCCGAGUGGGUGAUAAAAAUUGACGACGACAUGUUGCCCAAUAUUCCUGGUUUUGUACAGUGCUUUCCGCGGGUUCAAGAGGCCCGGGUGGGCGUGUACGGCUGGAUUACCAUUGAUAAAGUUCCGAAGCCCGGAGACAAGUACAUGAUUCCCAAACAACGGUAUGGAAAGAACUAUUUCCCACCAUUCUCACACGGUCCGGCUUACGCUGUUCGAGCCUCGAUUUUACCGGGUCUGCUGGAGGCUUGCCGGCAUAUGCCCAUUAUUAACUUGGAGGAUGUAUGGUUCACGGGGUUAUGUGCCGAAAAAGCAGGAAUUUCUCGGAAGAAUGUCAGUAGUUUUUUAUCGAUGCGCCGGACACCGCAUGAAUUUGACGCGCAGCCGGAAAAGGCUAUUCGAAACGGUUUCUUUUUCCAUAAGAUUUCCAGUGUCACGGUUAGGAAAGUGUGGGCCACAAUGAAUGCACAGAGCUGUGAUAGUAUUGAUUAUUCCUGUGACAAAUUUACGGAAAGGCUGAUACCACAGAAGUCGACGACAAAUUAGUGGUAGUUUUGUUCCGCACUUCGUAAAGAAAUUUGUUGCAGUUAAAAUGCGUUAACUUUGUGAUGCCUUUGUUUAAUUCCAUGAUCGAGACGUUUCUAUAUGUCUGUACUUGUGCUUUAUAUAAAUUAAUUUCUCUAAAUCCGAAAGUGCUACGUGAAAAUACGUACUGCAUGCAAUAACGAGCAGACAAUUACGUCAGUUUGACUGCUAAAGAAA